AUAAUGAGGAAAAAAUAUUCAUACAUGCAUUAUUAAUUCUAAUGCUUGGUAUAUACAUUGUAAAGAAACGAAUAUCUUUUCGUUGGGUCAAUCGACAAUAUUGGGUACGACCAAUCAAUGUGAGACGCCCUGAUCAAGGAGACUUUAAUCACUUACUGCAAGAGGUGAAAAAUGAUCCAUUUAUGUUUUUUCGCAACACAAGAAUGUUUUUAUGCAUCUUUAAUCAACUGCUGGAAAUGAUGACACCAUUUUUGGUAAAGAAAAGUCAUCGGGCAUUGAUACCCGAACAACGCCUUGCUUUAACUCUAAGAUUCCUUGCUACAGGAGAUCAAGUUCUAUCAAUCGCUUUAGCAUAUCGCAUUGGGGAGUCGACGGCACAUAAAGUAAUAAAGGAGACUUGUGCUGCAAUUAUAAGAGUAUUAUGCCCUUAUAUUUGCCAUCUCCUGCAGAAGAAGAUUGGAUUAAAGUAUGUGAAGAAUUUUGGACAACUUGGAACCUACCAAACUGUUGUGGUGCAGUUGACGGGAAGCACGUACAAAUACAAGCUCCGCCAAAUUCUGGGAGCUUGUACUUCAACUACAAAAAAACUUUCAGUAUAA